CCUCACUCAAAUUUUUUUUUUAUUAUAUUAUAAUCUCUUGCCUGCCCUUUUUUCUGUCGGUCUGUCCCCCAAUUCUCUUUAUUGCCCCUCCUUCUUUCAUUACACCUCUUCUCUUUUUCUCUUUCUCGUGAACGUAUGGCCUACCUUGCAACGCACUCAUUACCAACCCCCGCCUCAGACCGAGCCGCUUCGUCUCCGCCGUCCGACUCAUCCAGCGAUGAUUCUUAUUUCAAUCACCGUAAAAAAUCCUCUAUCACUCUGUUGCUAAACCCCAAAGAUGAUAGUCCAACCAGAUCCACCUCUAUCAAAAAAGCCAUGUCAACCACCAAGGCCAAGCGGAAACGCAUCACCCCAGAUCAGUUCUCGCAGCUGAUGGCUCUGUUUGAACACAACGACACGCCUAGCUAUGAAAUACGCGACAAGCUGGCCGGUAAAAUUGGUAUGAGCAAUAGAGAAAUUCAGGUAUGGUUUCAAAAUCGUCGAGCCAAAGCAAAUCGAGCAAAAACAAAUGAAAAGCUACGUUCAGCGGCUACCAUCCAACCACCGCAAGACUAUGGCGUACAGUUUAUGCCUGUUAUUGCUCCACCACAUCGCCAUUCAUAUCACUGGCGAGCCCCUAUACCGACGCCCGGUAUCGACCUGUUAGCUUCGGCUGCCGAAUAUGUUCAACGCGAGGAAGAAAGAUUACGAAAAAAUAAUAAUAGAGCGUCUGCCCCCAUAUCAUUCUACCAUUCUAUACCCACCAAUCCCAGUGUCACAUAGGGGAAAGCCGUGCUUGUGAAUUAUAAUGUCACAUACCCCCGCACACAACACACAACACACACACACAACAAACACAACACAACACUCACUCUAAAAAAAAAAGAAACAUUCCAAUAAAAUGCACCCACACACAUUUUCUUUUUAGCUCGCUCACGUACAUUGACUGACUGUCAUGAAGUCCCAUGGUCAAAACAAUAUAACAGAAAAGAAAACCUGUUUAGAGCUAAUCGGGAUUAAUAAACGAAGAGGGUGGUGUCAUCCGGUC